GGAGCAGGAAGGGGUGCAUCAGCAGUGAGUCAAAUUCUAAGACGCUUUAUUCGCCCUCAGCCUCCGAGGAAGAAGCCGGCGUCGGCAGCGAACACCUGGUCUCUACGGAAAGCAAUCGGCUGAAAUCGAAAAUUAAAGAAUGUCUGAUGAAGAGGGCCGCGUGCUUCGGAGUCGACGUUUAAUCUCCAAACAGUCUGUGCAUUCUGAGCAAGAGGAUGUCGCAAGAAGAACUGAAGGAGACAGAGUGUUUAGGAGUAAUGGACUUGUGGAUUUAGAGCACGUGAUUAACAGGAAAAUGGAAAUGAGGAAAAAGGCAGAGCACUUGAAGAAUGAGCUAAUGAAGGAGGUGGAUGGCCACUUGAAUGAAUUUGUAAAUAACUUGAUAGAAGAAUCCACAGUCCUGGAGAGCAUGUCUGCUGCACCAUCAUCUGGAAAUGUAGAGAAAGACAGCAACAAACUCAGAGGACUGAGAGCCCCUCCUGAGCAUGGAAAGCUCUUUGUUUCAAGGCGUUCCCUUUUGGACGAACUCUUUGAAGUGAAUCAUAUUCGUACCAUCUACCACAUGUUUAUUGCUCUUCUUAUACUCUUCAUCCUGAGCACUUUGGUUGUGGACUGUAUUGACGAGGGCAGGUUGGUUUUGGAGUUUGAUCUUUUAGUGUAUGCUUUUGGGAAAUUUCCUAUUGUAAUCUCCACAUGGCUCUGCAUGUUUCUGAGCACCUUCAUCAUUCCCUAUGGACUUUUCUCUACGUGGGCCCGGGGUUAUCGGGCAUCUUCUCAUCGCAGCAUCCGUUCUAUUUUCUUUGGUAUUCUCUUCAUGAUGUUUCAAACUCUGGGCCUUGGAUUCAUGCCUACAUACAUUGUGUUGCACCAUGACUUACCUCCUGCAUCUCGGUUUAUCAUCAUUCUGGAACAGGUCCGGCUAACUAUGAAAGCUCAUUCAUUUGUAAGGGAGAACGUUCCUCGAAUAUUUGCAUUUACAAAGGAGAAAUCCUCCAUUGUUCCUGUUCCCCAAGUUACUCAAUACUUGUACUUCCUGUUUGCUCCUACACUUAUAUAUCGAGAUAAUUACCCAAGGAAUCCAUCUAUUAGAUGGGGUUAUGUUGCUACCAAAUUUGCUCAGGUGCUAGGAUGUCUCUUCUAUGCCUACUAUGUUUUUGUUCGUCUUUGUAUCCCACUUUUCCGUAACAUAAGUCAGGAGCCAUUCAGCCUUCGAGUCCUGGUACUCUGCAUUUUUAACUCCAUCCUUCCAGGUGUUUUGGUUCUGUUUCUGGCUUUUUUUGCAUUCUUGCAUUGCUGGCUCAAUGCUUUUGCUGAGAUGCUUCGAUUCGCAGAUCGAAUGUUUUAUAAGGACUGGUGGAAUUCUACGUCAUUUGCCAAUUAUUACAGGACCUGGAAUGUAGUGGUUCAUGACUGGCUGUACUACUAUGCAUACCGGGACUUUCUUUGGUUUUUAGGCAGACGCUUCAAGGCAGCAGCCAUGUUGUUUGUGUUCACUGUCUCUGCUGUGGUCCAUGAGUACGCUCUUGGCAUUUGCUUUGGCUUUUUCUACCCAGUUCUCUUCAUCCUGUUUAUGUGUUUUGGCAUGCUUUUUAAUUUCAUUCUACAUGACCGUCGGAGAGGUCCCAUUUGGAAUGUAAUAAUGUGGACAUCCCUUUUUCUGGGUCAGGGGGUCCUCAUCUGUCUGUAUUCCCAGGAAUGGUAUGCACAGCGUCAUUGUCCAAUCAACAAUCCUGCCUUCACUGAUUUCUUGAAACCACGUUCUUGGACAUGUCGACGCCAUCAUGAAGAUUAGUUCUAACGUAAUGAUGCUUCUUAUGCUGCCAAUAGGCCAGUCAUUUUCCUUAAUUCUGGCAGAAAAAAAUGGCUGCCCCUACUCCAUCUGGACUAUGUACCGAUGUACAAGAUAGGAAGAUGUAGCUAUUGCUUAAUGUUUUUGUUGAAUGAGAUUCGUAGAUUAAGCUUGCUUGGUCUUGCUGUUCAUGAUUUUGAACCAGUUCCUAUGGACCAGGCAGCUGAACUACAUGUUAAGUGAGACUUUGCACUCUUUCACCAUUGGACUAUGAAUGUUCCAAAAUUGUAAAUUAACUUUUUUUUUUUUUACCAAAAUGUUGUGAAUAUUGUAAGGGAUAAAUAAGAUUAGAGCCUUAUUCCAGGCCUUCUCAUACAUAACCAUAGUGCACUGUGCCACUACUAAUAGAUGAAGCAAUGCAUUUUCAAAAAGGACUAAAGCCUGAAUAUGUUCUUGUUGCAUUAAAAAAGCAAUAGUGAAAGUGGGGAAAUCCUUACAUCCAUCCUCCAUAAUCGCCAAAGAUCACAAUGUUGUUGCACAUAUACUUUUUGUUCAAAAUUUUCACGAAAGAUGAAAAACACACAUAGCUUAAUUGUUUACCAGUUUGCUUAAUGUAUGAUCACAACUUUAUUUUAAAUGAUAAAAGAGGGGUGUCGUUUUUUUGCUCUAUCCAAAUCCUAUAAACAGAAUAUUCUACUAUUUCCAAGUAAGAUAUUAUGUAGGUUUGGGGUAAAUGUUCAUACCCAGGCAUAAAAGAUUGUUACCGGUCUUGUUUUUAAUCAUCUUAAACUCAGUGAGAGCAUUGUGUCAUGGUUUACUUCCUCACUGCACAGAUGUAAUCUCUGUUCCACUAAAAUCAGUAUUGCUGUCAUUUCUUUAUUCUUUCUAUAAUGGUUCAAUAUAUGAUAAAGACACACUGGCUUGGAUUUUGCCAAAUUUUACUAGUUUGUUUUGUCGUGCCCCCCCCCAAUCAAAAAAAAAUCCCUUGGAGGAUGUGAGUAGCUGGACACUCCAUAUUGCUAAAAACUGCAACAUAUUCAUUCUGAGUAACGGUUUUAAAUUAUUGUUGUUAUUUCUGUAGAACUGUAAAAGAUGCUUUUGGAGAAAGUGAUUUUUUUUUUCUAAUUUCUGUUGCAUAAUAUUGACCAAAUGAAGAAAUUUAAGCCUACGAGAAGUUGACAAGUCACUUUAAAAAUGCAGGACAAAGUAUUAUUAUUAUUGUUCAAUUAAUAUCUUACACUUCAAUGUAUAGACUACUUCUGUGACUGUAAUAACUGAACUGUUGCUGCUUCACAUCACUUAUUCACCACCACACUGAUUUUGUAAUAAUAUUUCAAGAGAUUAAGCAGCCGCUUCCAGAUUUUCAGCACUGGCCUUUAUCAGAACAGGUUGUUUUCCAUAGUUCCAUAUUGGUCUAAUCUCACCAGCCUGGACAACAUAGAUCCUCUCUCUGGAUUUUAUAAUAGACUAAAGCUCGCUGGGAAAUUCAGUUUUUUUUGCCUUUGGUAAGUUUACAAUUAAACUGUUGUCCCGGUAUUGCCAGUCUGAAGGGUUCCAGUUUUUUAAUAUAAAAAUAUAUAUAUUUUUGUAUUCCGUCCACAAAUUGCACUGCCUGUUCUGGAAAAGCAGAUUAUAUAUUUAAACAUUACAAUGUUGAGUAAUCACUGUAAGCAUCGUCUUGAGCCAUUUUGCUGUGAGAUGGCUUUUAGUUGAAGUAAAUAUUAAACAUGGACAACAAGUUAAGUUUAAUCACCAGAUGAUUGUAUCUCACGUGAGUCUUAAUUUUUACUUUUUUCAAUGAAAUCAAUGUUUGAAAUGAAGUUGCUGCUUGUUACGCUGAAUAAUAAUUACUAAGAGCUGGGGGAAAUAUUUCUGCAUGGGCAGAGUGCCCUGUAUCAGAUUUGUUUUGUUACUGCUGGACCAGUGGAAAGGUGUAACAUUUUUUUUUUUUUUUAUAAUUAUUGGACCUUUCAAAAUAAAUGUUUCAUUUUCCGUU